UGGUUAGCAAAUUAUUGCGCAAUGGACGACUUAUCGAAUCUAGAACACAAAUCAACCGAGAAGAAACGGAAUUACUGCUGUAUUUGCAGUAAUUUUCGGGGAAAAUUAGUAGAUGGGAAACAAGUGAGAUUGCAUAGAUUUCCAGCCGACGAAAAAGUGAGAAAAUUAUGGAUCAAAAGACUGAAAACUGUCAGCACUGGCUUCGUUUUGAAGAUCAAGAACGAUCGGCUGUGUUCAGCACAUUUUGUCGAUGGGGUCUACAACAGCAAGAACCAAAUUCCCAGUAUCUUCAUGGUGAACAACAAGCAGAAGAUCUUUAAAACAUCGGAGGUUGAGGAAGAAAGUUACACAACAGAGGCAUCUGCAAUCCUGCAAGAAAACCAAGAUAGCCGGGAUAGUGAUUGCUAUGAAAACACUUCCCUGAACUCCUGUUUUGUAUCAGAGCAUGUGUCAGUUCAAAUGCAUGACUAUAUAACUAGUUCUGUGAAGGAAACAUGUACUGUGACACAGACUCUACCAAAGCUUAUACAAACUGAUUGGAUCAUGUGUGACAUGACUACACAGACAGAUCUCACCUUAUCAUUGUUCCAAAAACUGACAUGUGACACAUCUUCACAGACUGAUAUGAAUAACUGUAGUGUUGAAAAAGACAUUGGGAUUCAGUGCAACAAACCAGAAUUGGUUGCUGAAGACAUUGUAAGUGAUGACAUGUGUAUGUUUUACACCGGCUUGCCCAACAAGGAAGUUUUCAAUGCAAUAUUUAGCGAACUGGACGAUGCAGAGGAAAGAACCAACCGAUCAGGAAAUGGGGAGAACAAGGGACGGCCUAGAACGCUUCGACUGGUGGAUGAAUUUUUGCUAGUUCUGAUGCGCUUGAGACUUGGUUUGCUUUUAGAAGACUUGGCGUAUAGAUUUCGCAUUUCAAAAUCAACCUGCAGUAACAUUAAUAAGCAGUGGAUCAUGUAUCUAAGUGUGAAAUUGGCAUCAAUGAUACCAUGGAUAUCUAGAAGAUUUAUAAGAGAGAAUAUGCCAGCUAAAUUUAAGAAGAAGUACCCAAACUGUAGAGUUAUAAUAGACUGUACAGAAUUUUACACGCAAAAUCCACAAUCAUUGGCUGCCAAAACGUUACUGUACUCACAUUACAAAUCACACAUGACAUGGAAGGCCUUAAUAGGAAUUAGUCCCACUGGUGUGAUAACAUUUGUAUCAGAUUUGUGGAGUGGUGGUAUAAGUGACAAACAAAUCACUAUUAAAAGUGGUCUGCUGGAACUCUGUGAGGCUGGAGAUGCAGUUAUGGCGGACAAAGGAUUCUUAAUAUCGGACUUGACAACCCCAAGGGGGCUACACCUAAUAAUUCCACCCAUGAAAUUUCAGCGCUUUAAUCGCCGACAGGUGGAAGAAACAAGAAGAAUCGCAAAUCUUCGCAUAGAUGUGGAACGUGCCAUGGAACGAUUAAAGAAUUUCCGCAUACUUCAAGGGGUUAUGCCGAUUACUAUGUCUAGACAAGCAUCGCAUAUACUCAAGAUAUGUGCUGCCUUGUCAAAUGUUCACCCUCCCUUGAUACAGGAUCACUAAAUGAGAAAUUCUGUAACGGCAUGUGUAAUAAUUGGUUGUAAAAUCAUAAGUUUUAUCAAAUUAAAAAAAAUGAAUUAACCCUUUACCACUUUAAUAGAUACAUAUUUUGAUGCAUUUGUAUUCCCUUAGAAAGUUACAUUUAAUUAAAGACCUUUCUUACUAGAUUCAAGUCUUCAUUUCCAACCCUUAGAUACUGAUGAGCAGCAAACAGCAUAAAACCUGAAUAGACUGCGAGUUACUCGCAGGCUGUUCUGGUAUUUUGCUGUUUGCACAUAGCGAUUUUAUCUUCGCUUCUGAGUGGGAAAGGGUUAAAGAAGUAUUCUAAUCAUGCUUGUGAUAUUUCGCAACAUUUCAUUGUGUGUUUGAAUAUUUAACGCGCUAUAUUUGUUUUGUUAAUUUUAUUUGUUGUUGCUUGCAUUGAUAUUCCCUUAGAAAGUUACAUUUAAUUAAAGACCUGUCUUACUAGAUUCAAGUUUUCAAGUCUUCAUUUCCAACCCUUAGAUACUGAUGAGCAGCAAAAAGCAUAAAACCUGAACAGACUGCGAGUUACUUGUAGGCUGUUCUGGUAUUUUGCUGUUUGCACAUAGCGAUUUUAUCUUCGCUUCUGAGUGGGAAAGGGUUAAAGAAGUAUUCUAAUCAUGCUUGUGAUAUUUCGCAACAUUUCAUUGUGUGUUUGAAUAUUUAAAGCGCUAUAUUUGUUUUGUAAAUUUAUUUGUUGUU